GCUACUCUGUUGCUGUUGGUGAAUUCAGUGGUGAUCAGGUGGAAGAUUUUGUAGCUGGUGUUCCAAAAGGGCCCACACUUAAUGGUUCGGUGUCUAUUUUAAAUGGUACAGACCUGACAGCCAUAAUGAGUUACACCGGUGAGCAG